CAGACACAAGCCAGCCGCCCUGUCCCGUCUUGUGUUUCCCACAUGUCGCGAAAGCAGGUGGAUCAUGACUACAGCCUCCGUAGCAUGAGCAACCUGAUGGGCGAGCGCUGGAAGAAAGUGGAUGAUGGAGGAGAGAGGAGUCUCAUCAAGGCUCCGUCCAGCGCCAGCAUGAGCAGCCAGGGCGCCGCCGCCGCCGCCGGAGGGUCCGCUGCCGGAGGGUCCUCCGCCGGGGCCCCUGGAGCUGCUGCCGGGGGAGCCUCCACUUCCUCCGCCGUGGACCUGGAGAGGGCUGCCCGCAAGCAGUUCCAGCAGGAUGUCACGCCGGGCUUCGUCUACGUCCUGGCCGCGUUCUCCGCGCUGGGGGGCUUCCUGUUCGGCUACGACACCGGGGUGAUCUCCGGGGCGAUGCUCCUGCUGAAGCGGGAGCUGGAGCUCAGCGCCCUGUGGCAGGAGCUGCUCAUCUCCUGCACGGUGGCCGCGGCCGCCCUGUCCGCGCUGCUGGGCGGCUUCCUCAACGGGCUCUUCGGCCGCAGGGUGUGCAUCCUGCUGGCCAGCUUCUCCUUCACACUCGGGGGGAUCGUGCUGAGCACCGCCCCCGGGAAAGAGGUGCUGCUGACGGGGAGGCUCAUCGUGGGAGUCGGGCUCGGCAUUGCUUCGAUGACAGUGCCCGUGUACAUCGCUGAGGCCUCUCCGCCCCACCUCAGGGGUCAGCUGGUGACCGUCAACACCCUCUUCAUCACCGGGGGACAGUUCACUGCCAGCCUCAUCGACGGCGCCUUCAGCUACCUGCAGCGCGAUGGGUGGAGGUACAUGUUGGGUCUGUCAGUGGUUCCCGCUGUGCUCCAGUUCAUUGGAUUCCUGUUCCUGCCGGAGAGUCCUCGCUGGCUAAUCCAGCGCGGACUGACCCAGAAGGCCCGCCGCGUGCUCAGUCAGAUCCGAGGCAACCAGAACAUCGACGAGGAGUACGACAGCAUCAAGAACAGCAUCGAAGAGGAGGAGAAGGACAGCGGAGGAAAUGGCCCGGUGAUCUGGCGGAUGCUGACCUACCCGCCGACUCGGCGCGCCCUCCUGGUGGGCUGUGGUCUUCAAAUGUUCCAACAGCUUUCAGGGAUCAACACCAUCAUGUACUACAGCGCCACCAUCCUGCAGAUGUCCGGAGUGCGGAAUGACAGGCUGGCAAUCUGGUUGUCCGGACUCACCACCCUCACCAACUUCCUGUUCACCCUGCUGGGAGUGUGGCUGGUGGAGAGAGUGGGACGCAGGAAGCUCACUCUGGGCAGCAUCAUAGGCACAAGUUUGAGUUUGAGUCUGUUGGCCACCGGUUUUCUGAUAUCUGCCCAGCACAGUCCUCCCGUCACCUUCCACCCGUUAGACCCCGCCAUGGCCAACUCUACUUGCUCCAAGUACCAGCUGUGUGAGCCGUGCAUGCUGGACCCUGGGUGUGGCUUCUGUUACCGUGAGAAUGGCUCGGCACUCCUCGCCUCCUCCUGUGUUGCAGUCAAUAAGGCCUCCACCGAGCGAGCCGCAUGGGGCAGAUGCUCCAACUCCAGCCUGAUGAGAGAUCAGACGUACUGGGCCUACAACUACUGUCCCACCUCCUACUCCUGGCUGGUUCUGCUGGGUCUGGUGCUCUACCUGGCUGCUUUCGCUCCAGGGAUGGGUCCAAUGCCUUGGACCAUCAACUCAGAGAUCUACCCGCUGUGGGCGAGGAGCACAGGGAACGCCUGCGCCGCCGGAGUCAACUGGACCUUCAACAUUCUGGUGUCUGUCACCUUCCUCCACCUGGCUCAGUACAUCACCUACUAUGGAGCUUUCUUCCUCUACUCCAGUAUGGCCCUACUGGGUUUCAUCUUCAUCUACGGAUGCCUGCCGGAGACCAAAGGCCGGCGUCUGGAGGAGAUCGAGGCGCUGUUCGAGAACCAGCUCUGCUCGUGUGGCGCCACCGAUUCUGACGAGGGACGGCAGGUCGAGUACAUCCGGGUCAAAGGCUCAAACUAUCAUCUAUCGGACAACGACGCAUCUGACGUGGACUAG